AUGCCACUCAGACCUGACAGCACAGACAAGAGUGUUCCAGAGGUUCAUUUGGGCAACCAGGAGGCAGAUGAUGCACAGGAACAGAGCUCCUCUUCUGGGUCUCUGGCAGAGUCAGAGCUGCCUGUUCAGGCAGAGGGUGAACUUGCAGAAAUGAUCAUAAUUGCACACAGUGGCAAAGAACAACUGAAGGCUGCAGUGGAAAAGCGGAAUGAGAUCAUUUCACAGCUGAGCAAGAACCUGCAGGUAUCACAGCACAGCAGAGACCAGGUACAGCUGGAGGCACAGCAGCUCGCGUGUCAGAUUCAGGGUCUACAACAGCAGCUGCAGCAGUUGACCAAGGACCAACCGUGCCUAUUGGCCCAAAAGGAAGCUGAGAUCACAGACCUGCAACAGAACCUGGGUGUCAUGGAGAAAUCCCUCUCUCAGCUUCAACAUGCCUUUUCUCAGAGAAACACUGAUCAAUUGGAGCCAAGACUUGACCAACUCAUUGGUUUGGAUGAAUGUACUUUGAGCCCUCUGUUCCCAGAGAACAGUCUUGACUCAAAUUCUGACACUUUACUAAAAAGGAUUAGAGCCAAUCUAGAAGAAGAGCGUAAGAACACCCAGCAAGCUUAUGAACAAAUAGAGGCCUUUCAGAAGAAGGUGCAGAGUUUGGAGAAUGAGAAGACUGUGAUGGAAGCUCAUCUUUCCGAGGUUCAGGCACAGCUAAAAGUUGCUGAGAAACAUGCACUUGAGGCCCAGCAGGAUAAAGCAGAGAAAGAUGAGCUGAACGGAGAAAUGGCCAGACUGGACAACCUUGUGAAGGAGCUUAAAAAUCGUCUUCAGGAUGAGGAGGAAUCAGGACGCCAUUUACGUUCCAAAUAUGAAGCUGAUAUUUCCAAUUAUGAUCUCAGGCUUCAAAAUCUGGAGGAGGAAAGGGAGUUGAAUGUAGCCCAGCUUACUGACACUCAUGAAGCUGCGCUCAAGCGGCUGCAGGAGGAGCACUCUGAUGAGAUCAGACACAUUCAGGAGCUUCUGGACAAAGCCCAACGGCAACAUAUUGAUCCUCAUCACAGUGUUUCUGAAGACUUUGCUUCAGUGUAUUUCUGCACCAAAGGCUAUCACAAAGAAGAGACAGCUAUUGAGUGUACUGCCAAGGAUGUUUAUAGCUUGGACAUCUCUGCAGGUGGUUUUCAGGAUGUGCUGAUGGAGCGUUACUUGGCCUCUGAGGGGGUUCAAGAAAGCUUAUUACUUGAAGGCAGUUUGGAGGAACGUAGCCUGAUGGAGAACUCUGAAGCAUCAAGGUUUGAACUAGACAGUGAGGUCAUAUCUCAUACACCAAAUCACCCCAACAAUGUCACAUCUGAUGGGGAUAAGUCGCAACCUGGAAUGUUUGUAGACCAUGGCAUUGCAGAGAACCAGCUUGGUGAAAUGUCCUUUACUGAUGCCCAAUGGCAAAAUUCAACCUCUGUUAUUGAAGAUGUGAAUGAGAGUGCAGGCACUGUGGAUCUGGCAAAAGAACUUUUGAUCCAGCAAUGCAGAGACUUGUCGGAACAGUUAGAAGAACAAGGACGGCAGCUUGAGAUACUUCAAGAGGAGGUCUGCCGCUCUGCAGAAGAGGUUGAGGAGGCACGGGAGCGAUGGAGUAAAGCUUCAGAGGAGCUUGAGGAAGCCAAGUGGGAGCUGGAGAUGGAACGAGAGAAAAGGGCUCAAUAUGAGGAGAUUGUUAGCCAGAGAACUCAUCAGGAAGACAAGAACCUAGUUAGCCAUCAGGACAAAGAAAGGAUAAUGUCUGACAACAUUGAUUCCAACAAUAAGAAGUCUACUUUACCAAUGGAGGAGCUGCUGAAAGAACUAGGGGAGGAAAAGGCACAAUUGGUGCUACAGCUCAAACGACAAGAACAGCUAUUGAAGGAUGUCAGUGAGCAGAAAGCAGCAGGUGACUCUAGUAGUGAGGUUCACACACUCUUUGGCAGACAGCUUUCCUCUUUGCAAGGUCAGAGAGAUGAUCUUUCUCAGCUGGAGCAACAAAGGGAAAAUAACAAGGCUACCUCGAUGUUGCUUGGUCAAAGGCCCCUAGAGCUGGACCAAGCCAAUCUGGAGCUUCAGCAACUCAAAGCUGAGUUGGAGGAGAAAGUUGUUAGGUUGCAGGACUUUGAGAAGGAUAAAAUUGACCUGGAGUUUAAAUUAACAUGCCUUAAAGAGAACCUCACCAACAUGGAGGAGGAGAAGGCUGUCCUUGAAAUACAUCUCCAAGCUUUGCAGAAACAAGCUAAGAGCAUGGAGGAUGUUCUAGAAUCAGAGCUGAAGGACUUUGAGCGACAUCUUGAAUCUAAAAACGCAGAGCUCAAGGAAGUUAAGGAAGCACAAGAGAAAGCAGAAGAGGAGUACAUGGAAAAAGAGAGUGCCUUGCUGAAAGAACUUGCCGUUGUCAAAAAGGAUCUGCAAGAAAGACAGAAAGAACAUAAAGAGCAGAGACAGCUGGAAGAGAAACACCAGAGAGAGGUUGAAGACUUGAAUCUACGCUUUGAGAGGCAACUUUCCGAUCUGCGAGCUCAUCUGGAAGAUGAACAGAAGAGACAGAUUGGCUUGAUUAAACAGGUCAAUGAAAGUGAGCACGAGAGGGAGUUGUCUCAGCUGGCAGCCAAACAGAGUGAGGACAUUUCCAGUCUUAAAGAUGAGCUCUCCAGUGAGCUGCGAGAUGGCCUGGAGGCUGCACACCAGUCUGAGCUACUUCAAGCACAAAGCCAGCACAACCUAGAGAUUGAAGCCUUACGUCUGAGCCUAACCAACUUGCAUACGGCUCAGCUUGAGCUUUCUCAAGCUAACAUGCAGAAAGAGAGGGAUGCAGCACUCCGCGAGCUGCAAACCAUGCUACGGGAGAAAUGGGCACAGGAGAGUGCCAUGCUGCAGGCGCGGCAACAGUUUGAGCUGGAAAGACUCCGUGAACAGUGCAGAGAGCAGGAGGAACGAGCCCGAAGUCUGCACCAGCUGGAGAUUGACAAUCUGAAUCAGGAGUGGGAGAGGCAAUUUCUGGAAGAACGGGACUCUGUGGAUAGGUUGCAGGCCAGUAAACUGGAGGAUCUAAAGGCUGAGUGGUUAGUGGAGGCUGAGAUGACCAGGACAGAUCUCCAGUGUCGAUUAAAUGACACUGAUCAGAAACUGAGUGAGACCCAGGCGGCUCUCAGUGAGUCUAGGGAAGCUCUGGCGGAGACGCUGGGUAGGUUAGAAGCAUUGGAGCUUUCCAGAGAGAAGGAAAACAACAAUCUGGAGAAAGACCUCAACCAAGCCUUGGCUGACAGAGAUGCUGCUGCUCGUGAGUUUGAGGAGUUGGUUGCUUGUCAGAAGGUGGCACUGCAGGAGCAACAGGACCGUGCCCGUGCCUUGGAACUGAGAGAAAAAGCUCUGAAGCAAGAGGUUGACCGUCUGCAGUCAGAAAUGGAAGAAUUGAAGGCCAAUUCAGAACAGGAGAUCUCAAACCUUUGGUUCCAGCUGGAGUGCAUGAGAACCAACAGACAGGAGCUCGGAGAGCUAAAGGAGCAGUUGCUUGCUCGCUCAUCACGGGUUGACGACUUGGAGCAGCUGAAGCAGGAAUUUACUCAACAGCGGCAGGAAAUCAAAGAACAGAAUGAGGUGGAGCUGGAGAACCUCCGAACCUACUUUGAGCAGAGACUUCGGGAAGCAGAAGAGGGUCAUCGGGAAGAGAUCGCACUCUUGCAGCUGCGACUCGUAGAGGGACCUCUGGAGGACUCUGUGCUCAAGAUCGGGGAGGCAAGCUAUCUCUCUGAAGGGGAGAGUAAAGAAGAAAGAGUUGACUCUAUGGCAGAGAUCACAUGGCAACUGGAAAAACAUGAGGAGGAGCUGGACUCCCUGCGGCAGCAGUUGGAGGAGAGACACCAGCAGGAGUUGGAGCAGCUGCAGUCCAGCAUGGCUCUGGCUUAUAAGGAAGAUUUACUGCUGGCUCGCACUGAGCUCAAUGACCGUUACUAUAAAGACAUCGACCAGCUCAACACCAAACAUGCCCAAGAACUUGAGCAGCUCCGUGCCAAACUCUCAGACAACCAAAUCAAAGAAAUGACCAAGUUACGGCUACAAUCAGCACAGGAAUUAGAGAGUCAGGUGGAGGCUGAAGUGGAAGAGAGGUCUCUGCAACAUCAGGCCAAGGUGACCCAGCUGGAGACCCCCCCCCAACACACACAGGAACUGGAGAGAGUGGCGGAACAGCACAGACAGAUAGAGGAGACUCUGCAGAAAGACUUAACAGAGGAGUUGAGGGUGCGUCUUGUGGAGGCGCAGAAGGAAGAGAGUCAACGUGUGAGCGAGGAGAUCACCCAGAGGAGUGCUGAGGAGCAGGCCUCUCCGAGAGAGAGGCUUCAGAAAGCCACCCUGGAAGAGCGAGGGGAGUUGGAGCAGAAGCUGGCUGAGGUCCAGAAGCUUCUUGAUGUGGAAAGAGAGAGGCUUCAAGCCCUGCAAAGGAGUCUUGACUGUGAGGAGAACCCUCAGCUAGUGGCAUUGAAGCAGAAACUCCAGGCACAGUAUGACAGAGAGAUGUACACCGCAAAGAGCACCAUGGCAGCAGAGGUGAAAGAGUUGAAUGAUUUGCUUCAGGACCAAAUGGAGAACAAGCUAGAGGAGGCCAUCUGCAGACACCAAGAAGAACAAAGGCAUCUGGAGGAGAAGUUAACUCAUCAAAGAGAUGCUACCCUGGGGCAAUUGAGAGAACAUCAUGCUGUGGAGCUCCAGGCCCAGAAAGCUCUUUUGUACCAGCAUGCUGCUCAAUUAGAGCAUCUUGAAAAGGAGUGUCAAGAACUCAAACUACACCACCAAGAGGAAAUGGAAUCCCUGAGGACCAAUCACAAAACCGCAUUUGAGACCUUGACGAUAGAACUUAUGGAGAAACACAAAGCAGAACUUUACAAACUGGAUGCGGUACUUCAGGAAACCAAUCUGGUGCAGCUUGAAGCUCAAGAGGCGGAGCUUCAGGCACGGCACAAACAGGAGAGGGAGGAGCUUGAGAAGAGGCUAUUGACAAACAUGGAUACAAUGGAGAGCACAUACCUGAAAGAGAUCCAGGCUGUACAGGACAAGAAGAAAGCAGAACUGCGUGACCUUCAGGCCUCGCUGGAAGAACGCUAUACUGGAGAGAUUGAGAAGCAGAGGAAGGGGGAGCAAACCAUCAGAGAGGAGCUCAGGAGUGAGCUGGCGAGGGUUCAUAUGGACAAGUUUAGUGCCAUGGCAAUGGAACUAUGUCAAGCUCAUCAGGAGGAGUUGUCUGAAGUUCUCUCCUCUCACAGGGCUGCUCUUGAGGAUGAACAUUGCUCUGCUCUGGAAGCUCUUCAGCCACAGGUGGUUGCUUUAGAGAAGCAACAUAGCGCUGCUCUACUGGAGAUCACUGAAAUUGCCACUGCAGAGAAACUGCAACAAAAGCAACAAGUGGAUGUGCUGGCCACCCAGCAUCAGCAGCAACGGCAGGAGUUGAGGGGUGUAUCUGCCAGGGAACUAGAGGCUCUGCGAAGGGAGUUGGAGGAAGAGGCAUUAAGACAACGGCUCUAUUUCUUGGAAGAGGCAGAGCUUCUCAAAUGUCAAUCUGAGGAGCAGCUGCAGCAGAAAAUUACACAGUUAAAGGAGGAGAGUGACCGGGAGAAGGCUGUUGCUCUGGAGGAGCUGGAAAGGACUUUAAGACAGCAGCACGAAGAAACUGAAAUUGCCUACAGAGACAAGAUGAGCCAACUCACCACACAACUACAGCAACUGGACACUGUAGUGUCACAGCUUCGUACAGAGGUGAGUGGACUACAGGUGAAGCUCGAGGGAAAGCGGGCAGAGAUGGACACGCUGGAGACGCUCCUGCAGCGCAGAGACCGGGAGAACCAGGAGGGAGACAAUCUACUUGCCAUGCUUAGAGCAGACCUCAACACGGCCACACAGCAAAGACAAGACAUGCAAAAAGCUCGGGACAAACUGCAGCGAAUGCUGAUAGAUAUGCUUCGGAUUACAGUCGCAACAGAGGAGCAGAUCAGCCGCAAGUUAGGGGCAUGUGUAACAUGUGGCCCCCCUGGAGAUGAAACAUCCAACACAAGGACAGCCAGUAGUAGUCGUGACUCGCAUGACACAGGAGACCUGGCUGGCAUAGAUGGAGAUGUUGACUGCAGUGCUUGGUCGUCGGUGGUGGAUGAGGGGCUGGAGUUGUCUCAGAGGCUGUGUGAGAGUGUGUUUUCUGGGCAGGAAGGAGAGAUUGAGGAAGAAGAGGAGCUCUUGAUGGGAGCCGGCACACGCCUGCGCACUGCCGUGGAUAAUCUACUGGAGCUGCUCUCGGAGUCCUCGAAGCAGUUGGAGCAGACGUGUGGUCUGCAGGCUGUGCUGGAUGAGCGGUUCAGAGAUGGAGGUGAGGCCAGAGCAUCUCUGCUGCUUCAGAACUCUCAUCUCCUGGAGCAGUUGGAUCAUGAGGCCAGCCUGAAGAGCCAACUACAGCUGGAGUUGCACAAGGCUGAAGGUCUGGUGGAAGGCCAUGUAGCUGAGAAGGCUGCUCUGGAGGAGGCUCUCCAGAAGGAGGAGAUGAAGGAGCAGCGUCUGGCGGAGGAGUUGGAGAGCACCCGGAUCCAACUGCAGGAGGUCAGCGAAAAUCACGCCACCCUCCUGCGUCAGAGAGAAGCCCUCACUGCGGGUCUUGGAGACACUGAGAAGGGCUUCCUCGAUGCCGAGGAAGAGACAGCUCUGCUGGCGGAGGCUGAGCGUCUGGGACAGGAGUGUGUGGAGGUGCAGAGGCAGGCCGAGAAGGACUGCGGAGGGUUGGCGUCUCGGCUGCGGAUCCUGGAGCAGGCCCUGGAAGAGCAGGAGAGCCACGCACAUCAGCUGGAGGAACAGCACCACCUGCAGACUGAAGACCUGCAGCAACACAUUGAUGCUCUGGAGAAACAACUCAAACAUCAUCGGCAAUUCAUAGAUGAACAAGCGGUGGAAAGGGAACAUGAGAGAGAUGAAUUCCAGCAGGAAAUCAAGAAUCUGGAAGCUCAGCUGAGACAGCCGGCUAAAGGACACACAGGAGGGGACCUCAAAGGUCAAAGGUUUGAGGACUUAGUUCUUCAGGUGGAGAGCCUUCAGGCUCUGAUCAAAGAUAAGAUGGAAGACUUCAAUGUGCUAUAUUCCGCAAAAGAGCAGUGUCAACAUGAUGUGGAAGAGCGCAAUGAGGAGAUCGAAAAACUGGUGACUCGUAUCCGUGAGCUGGAGCAGGCGUUACUGAGCAGUGUGGAGGCCAGCACGACUGUCACACAGCUGGAGCAAGAAAUUCAGAAAACAUGCAAGAGUCUUCAGGAGCUCACUCAGGAUAAAGAAGCGUUGCAGCAACAGCAGUAUGACAAUAAGCUUCAGAUCUCUGCACUGCAGUCUAAACUCGAUGAGACCAGACACCGUUUCCCUGAUGUAAACUCUGACUCCAACCUUCGGGAACAGCUGGAAGCUACACAGAAGGAUCUGCAGACCAGAGAGCAACAGGUGGAGUUGCUGUCGGAGCAUGUAGUUGAGCUUGAGAAAGAUGUAGAACUGAGGGAGGAACAGAGCAGACAGCUCACACUACAGCUGGAGCUCAAAAGCAGAGAAAGCAGAGCUACAGAGGACCAACUCCAUGCUCACAUUACACACUUAAAGGAGACCGUUGACACUCUGACCAGAUGGCUAGAGGAGGGGAAUGAUGAGUCUAUCCUUCAGCUUCCAUCUGCUCUUCUAGAGGAGAAGAAUCAAAAGAUUGACCACUUAAACCAGCAGAUCCUCCAGCUGCAGCAGGAGCUGGAACUGACCAACGAUAAUAAAACCCUUGAAGAAAAGCAGGCUGAGAUUGAAGAGCUGCGAUCUCUUGUCGAACGUCUUCGUGGCGAUCAGGAACGUUUGAGCCAUGCCAAGGAAGAAGAGGCAGAGCAGCUCCAUGAGGUCAUCAACAAGCUUCAAGAGGAGCUAAGCCAGCUUGACCCCAACCAUCAUGAGGUCAGUGAUCCCAACACUGACAGCCCAGAGUCCUCAGACUUCCCCUGGUCCCCUCGACCUCGCCCGCAGAGGGCACCAGAGGAGAGCCUGUGUCAGGAGCUGAACAGCCAUACCCUCCUGUUGGCUCGCGCUCGUUUACAGGAGUUACAGAUUGAGCUUGAACAUGCCGCCGGAGAGAGGGAAGCUCUUCAAAGACUGCUGCUGUCCCAGGAGGAACAGUAUGGGAGUCAAGUGGAGGCACUUAGCCACAGUCUGGGAGAGGAAAGAGGGAAAGUGGCUAUGUUGGAACAGGAGGCAGAUGAGCUCAAACUCCAGCUAGAGGAGAAACAAGCAGAAACAGAGAGAUUGACUGACCGAGUGGAAGAGUUGGAAGAUAAAGGGCAAAUUUGCCAGUCCGACUUGAGAGAAUCAGAGCUCAAGUUGAGAAGGGUAGAGGAGAGGAGAGAGAAUGUGCAGCAGGAGCUUGACAUGCUGCUGGAGGAGGCACAGAAGCAGAGAGGGGAGAAGGUGCAGCUGGAAAGCCUGGUUUCCAAGCUACAGCACAGAGAGGAGGAGGAUCAGAAGGAGAUUGCUGCUUUGCGGUCCAAACUCAAGGAACUUGAGGAGUAUGUCCAAGCAUGCAGAGGUAACGUCAUUGCCUUGGAGACAGGGAAAACGGAACUCUCCAUGGAGAGAGAGGCUCUGAGGAAGCGUGAGGGAUUUCUCCAAGAGGAAAUAGAGAACUUGAAACAGGAAAUCACUUUAAAGACGAACUUUAUAAAAGAUCUAUAUGAGCAACAGGAGGAGACUGUGGCGAAACAAGGGGAAGCCCAGAAAGAAGUAUUGACGUGUGCUGAAGAGACCCUGGCUAAGGCGGAGAUUGCUCUGCGCGAGAGAGAGCAGCAGCUUAUCCACCUGAAGGCGGAGCAUGAUGCUCUUAGGGCGGAGCUAGUUGCAGUUAAGGAGGGACUUAGUACCAGCACAGAGAGAGCAGAGAAGCUACAGGAAGAGGGACAGAAUAAAGAUCGUGCAUUGGCUGACCUGGAGGUGCAUAACCAGCAUCUGAAAGCAGAGCUACGGAGUCUGCAGGAUGACCUGACUGUGCAGGAGGAGGAGUUGGCCUACCAGCAGAGGGAGCUAGAGCAGCUUAGACAGCGCUGCAGCCUACAAGAACACAAUCCCAAACACAACCACCACUUUCUGGACGGCCUGUCCAGUGACCCAUCCCUCUCUUCCCCAGAGGCAUUGCGGAGGAUGGACUGCAGCGAAGACCGCCCCUCUCGCCUGCACGCAUCUCACCUCUCUGAGCUCAGCGCACUACACAACGCCAGCUUGGAGCUCCACAGCAAGCCCUCACCCAUGGAGCAGGACAUAGAAAGACCACAAGCCAGACAAACGUUCAUCCCACUUGCAGAGACGGACCGACCUAGCACACACUCUCCAUCACUAUGCUCGCUCACUGUGUCAGAACACCUCUCUGCGCUUGACUCGCUGGAUGCAGAUAAGGUUCAUGAAUUAGAAAAUCUGGAUGUAACAUCUCGUUCUCCACAUGGCUCCACGUCUCCUGUGUCUGUGCCGGAGUGGGUCAGCGAUGGAUACGGUAGCAAUGUGAGCUCUGAGUUGGAGGCCAUGCUGAAGCUUGAGUUUGAGAAUACAGAGCGUUUGGAUGCUCAUUUUGUGGAGUAUCUGCGCUGCAGAGGAAUGUCACCUGCUGAAAACACAGACAGUGCUGCGGGCAGCAUGCACGAGAGUCAUGAGCACCUCACACCAGAGCUACAGGCUAUGUUGAAGCGUGUCUACCAGGAGAGCUGCAGAAUCUUAUCCUUGUCCCAUCGCCCCACCCCAUCUGGUCAGUCCCGUCCAGAUUCGGAGCCUGCCCUGCCCGCCUCCUGGCAGAGGGAGAGGCGGGCCUUACAGGAGACCAUCCUGUCACUCAGAGAACUGCUCUGCAGGAUGGCUGACAGGGAACCUAGGACCGACAGUAGGGAUGUGGACUGGAGGCAUGAACUGUUGCAGGCUGUCCGCGGUGUGUUUGACAGUGAAAGGGAGUGGCUUCACUGUCAACUUCAGGCUGUCAUGGGAGCAAACACUCAGAUAGACCACACCCUUUUGAUGGACCAGUUGCAGAAACUGUUUCAGAAACAGGAGGAGCAGCAAAGGAGGUCAUUAGAGCAGUUGUUUAGCGCAGACUGUCACAGUCUGUUGGCUGAGGUGCGCAAUCUGCAUGAACAGUUGCAUGCAAGCACGCAACAGAGCCAGGAACAGCUGCAGAUUCUGCAGGAUUCCCUGCACACUGCAAAAGAACAAGGCACACAAACACAACACCAGCUGCAUGGAGAAAUUGAAGAGCUGGAGCUGCAGCUGGAGCAGGAACAGACGCUGUCUCAUGAGCUGCGCUCCACUCUGGAGGCUCGUGGGGUGGAGCAGCAGAGACGGCUAGAGGUGGAGCUGAAGGCGGUUUCAGAGCUGAAGGUGGAGCUAGAGGAGACCACACUUCAGCUUCAGUCAGCAUUCAAUAAUCAAGAGGAAUUAAGAAGCCAGAUUAGCAAGCUCAGGCUAAAAGUGGAAAAUGUGGAGGCUGAACAUCAGGCCUGCUUCCAGGCAGUGAAGAAAGAGCAGACUAGAGUGCAAAAACUGCAAGAGGAGCUUCAUCAGCAGAGACUCAGCAACCAACAGACAGUUGAGCAAAGCCACCACGCACAGCAGUCAUUGCACCUGGCUUUGAAAGAGCAAGCAUCUCAUCUCAGUCAGCUUAAAUUGGCUCUGGAGCAAGAGCAUGUGACCAUCAGUAACCUCCGCUCAGAGCUCCAGAUUGAGCAGUCUUGUUGCGAAGCUCUGCUGGCCCAGGAGCAGGAACGUACCGAACUUGCAGUCUCUCGCCUGGAGCAGGAGCGUUCUCGAGCGGCAGAACUCUCUGAUUCGCUAUCCCGUCAAGCCCAGGAGCACGCACGUCGCUUAGAGGAGGAAGCACGCAGACAGGAAUCAGCCAGUGCCCAUGACAGGAAGUUCAUUCAGGAUCUACAGAUGCAGUUAGAGCAGGAGAAACGGCAGGGCGAAGAUCUAACAGCCAUGUUGGAACGUCUGCAAGGACAAUUGCUGGAAAAGAAUCACAGGGAUGCUCAGGAGGCAGAGCAGGCAGCACACAAGGAGCAGGAAGAAGCGAGGAGGCUCCGUGCUGCUCUGGAGGGCCUGCAGGCUCAGAAUAUGAAGGUGGGGUGCGCCCUAGAGGCAGAGCAAGAGAGAGCCACUCGGUUACAAGCAGAGUUGGAUGGAAUGAUGGAAAAGAUGAAAGCUGUGAAAGAGGAAAGAGUGAGGGACGAGCAAAUGGAGAGGCAGGAGAAACGAGAGCAAGUGGAAAAGGAGCGACGCCACGAACACACAAACGAGAAAGUGUUGGAACUGGAGUUGUUGCGUCAAAGGGAUCAGCAGAGAUUGAAGCAGCUGCAGGAAGAGAAACGGCUCACAUCAGAACGCCUGCAGAGAGAGACUCACUCAAAUGGCUUAAACGUAACCCAGAACAUCCUCAAAAAACAAUCACAGGACUCUACCUCAUCCACUCCCUCUCUAAUGGAACGAUUGCUGAAGGAGAACUCCGAGUUCUCUGAGUGCCUUGCUGCUUUGAAUGAGGAGAAGAUCUCUCUCAAACACACUAUAUCCUCUCUGGAGAGAGAACUGCACAGCCUCAAAUGCCAGGAGCAGGUGAAGUCUCCUGCGCUUAUGGAGCAGAGCAUGUUAUCAGAGAAACUGGCCUGGCAGAGGGAAAAAGCAGCUCUUCAGGCUGCAUUACGAAAGGCAGAUUCUGGUCUCUCAAAGGUCACAGCUAGCAAUGAAAACAGACUCAUCUCCGACCUCUCAAACAACAAGGUGCAGCGGCUCUAUGAGAGAUACCUGCGAGCGGAGAGUUACAGAAAGUCACUGGUGUAUCAGAAGCGCUAUCUGCUGUUGCUGCUGGGAGGCUUCCAGGAGUGCGAGCAGGCUACACUUUCGCUUAUAGCUCGUAUGGGUGCACAACCAACGUUGAGCCAGUCACAAGUGUCCAGACCCCUAAAUCGCUUCAGAACAUCCGUUAGAGUAGUCAUCGCCAUCUCAAGACUAAAGUUCCUCACCAGGAAAUGGCAAAGAUCUACAAGGAAAAUCUCUGUAGGCAGUGCCAUGGUUAACGUGCAUGGAACAGGACAAAGCACAAUUCGUGCUUUUAGGACUGAAGUGCUGAAGCCACAGCAGACUGGAGCUGCGUUUAACUCUCCACCCACCCGUGAUCAUGCUUUGACCCAAAGGGGCAUGGUCUACCCUCUGGUAUCACCAAUCAAAUCCCCCUUCAGAUUACACAAUAGAAUGUACCCAAGUCCUGUGCUGGGACCAGCUGACCGCUCCUGCGGCUCUUCCCAAGAUCAGGAAUGCUCCCUCACAGAGUAUAUUCAACACCUGGAGACAGUCCAGCAGCGUCUCGGAGCUGGUCGUCCUGGUUCAUCAUCAGUGCUCCCUUAUUCCAGAAAAUCUGACCGAUGAAUGAUGAAAUAUCACCAGUGCCAGGCUGUUGAAAUUAUAUAUAUAUUUUUUUUUAACCUUCAUAAAUUAUUUUUAUGUACUGUUUUAUCCAUCUUUAUCUUUUCAGCUGAAGUAACUGAAAUGAUAACAUUGAUAACCUAAAUAUUUUUUAUAUGCUGUAUAUUUGUAUACAUUUUACAUUUUUGAAUUGUCUGAAAAAGUCUAUUCAAUUCGUCCACUGGAAGCAUCUAUUAAAACAUAUGCACUCGAAUUUGUGAUUUGAUUGAUGUCACUGUUUAAAUGCACAUACUUGGACAUGUUAUGUUAUAAAUAUUUGUAUGGACCGUUUCUAUAAAUU